AUGUCUUUACCUCAGCGGCCGGGGAAGGCUUCCCCGCGGCGAGAAGAACAUUCAGCAUUUCGUGACUCAGUAUAUCGCGACUCAGCAUAUCGCGACUCUUCCCGACGAAAACGACGAGAUAUCGAGACCGGAACACACAAUGAGACGCUAUCAAGUCCGCCCUCGAGCCAUCGUCAUCACCGCCGUCAUCGGUCACACAGCUCCAAAGGAAGGAGGGAUGUUGACGAAGAGAGACUGGAUGUAGGAGAGCACUUGAGGCGGAAAAAGAGUUUUGUAAAGCCGGAACGCGGUCGAGUUGAUCAAUCCCAUCCCAAUUACCAUUAUCGCCAGCGGUCCCAGAACAUGCCUAUAUACCCUUCUACCACCGGCCAUGAACCUUUGAUGGGAGAAGAAGACGUCGCUGAUACACCCAGCUCUCAUAGCUUGGAAUAUAGAAGCAAGGAUGGCUUGUACAGCGAGCAUGGAAACAUCAACAAGCCUAUGGAGCGAGCUCCCAGUCGAAAGCGGACGAAGAAAAGGAGAUCGUCGCGAAAGAUCUCGAAGAAGGCAGCUGCGGCGGAAAAACGUCGACAGGAGGCUUUGGAGCAGGUUCGGCCCCCCAGCCUCUGGACGACGUACUGCGCGAUUAUCACUUUUUGGGCUCCCGAUUGUAUAAUGAAAUGCUUCGGGAUGCCACAAAAGGCCCAGCGGAGUGCAUGGCGUGAGAAAAUAGGCCUUAUCAGCAUUAUCUUAUUGAUUGCUGCGUUCGUCGGUUUCCUCACAUUUGGAUUUACAGCUGCUGUGUGUGGAUCACCGCCCACCCGAUUGAAGAUCAAUAAAGUCGACAGUGGGUACAUGAUAUUCCACGGGAAAGCCUACGACUUGUCCAAAUCAACUCAUCCACCAGCCGCUGGUAUCCCACCCGAUACAAAUGUGCUUUAUGAUCUCCCUCACAAGUAUGGAGGACAAGACGGAAGUUUCUUUUUCCAGCAAGUCAAUGGGGCAUGCAAAGGUCUGAUCACUGCAGCCGAAGGGUCCGAUGUACCGACAAAUUCUAAAGGGGAGCUUGCAUGGUACUUCCCGUGUGCGCCUUUCAAUCAAGAUGGUUCGUCAAAGCCCAAUUUAACUGAGUCAUACUAUCCGGGCUGGGCCUGUCAUACAUCUGGGGAGGCUAGGCGAGCUUUCUACAGCCUGAAAGGUUCCGGUGACGUUUAUUUCACCUGGGAGGACACAAGAAACAAGAGUAGGAACCUGGUGGUUUACUCUGGAAACGUGCUUGAUCUCGACCUUUUGACUUGGUUCAACACGUCUCAGGUCAAAUAUCCGUCUAAAUUUGACGAGCUCCGCAAAAAUCCUGAUGUGCGCGGCGUUGACCUGACUUACUAUCUCCAAAGCGGAGAGGAGAAGAAGAUAGGCAAAUGCCUGUCCCAAAUUGUGAAGGUGGGGAGUAUCGAUACAGACACCGUUGGAUGUAUUGCCUCUAAGGUCGUUCUCUACAUAUCAUUGAUCUUUAUUUUGUCCAUUGUCGUCGUCAAAUUCGUUUUUGCAUUGCUCUUCCAGUGGUUCCUCGCGCCUCGAUUUGCCGCGCAGAAGACAAGCAUGAGCUCGAACUCCAAGAAACGCAAUCAGCAAAUCGAAGACUGGUCGAAUGACAUUUACCGCCCUGGUCCUCGUCUCACGGAUCCUGUGAUGGAUCGUGCUAGCAAGAGAGCCAGCUUUCUGCCAACCACCUCUCGGUUCUCUAGCCCUUACACCGUAAGCAAUGGUGGAAAGCAGCGUCCUCAAUAUGUGACGAUGGCGAGUCAAAACUCCACGUCUCGAUUGAUUCCUAGCGGAAACUCUAUGUACAAGUUGAGCCACAACAGUAGUGGUGGUACCUUGAGCGCCGAUGCCUCUCGUCAAAACCCUACCACCAGUCGGACGAGUUUGGUGCAAGAGUCACGUUACUCGAGUGCUAUAGCGGAGACAGACACUCUCGGGGCCACUGGAAACAUCCACGAGCUUGUCGUCCCUCAACCUCCACCAGAUUGGCAACCCUACGGCUAUCCCUUAGCGCAUGCUAUGUGUCUAGUUACCUGCUAUUCGGAAGGUGAGGAUGGUAUCCGCACCACACUGGACUCCGUUGCUAUGACCGAUUAUCCUAAUAGCCACAAGACUAUUGUGGUCAUCUGUGAUGGUAUGAUCAAGGGUAAGGGGGAGGAAUACUCGACUCCAGAGAUUGUUCUUCGUAUGAUGCGGGAUCCUGUGGUUCCACUCGACGAGGUUCAGCCGUUCUCUUAUGUAGCAGUAGCCACCGGUUCCAAGCGACACAACAUGGCCAAAAUAUAUGCUGGGUUCUAUGACUACGGGGAGUCGUCUGUUAUCCCUGCCGAAAAGCAACAACGCGUUCCCAUGAUGAUUAUCGUGAAAUGCGGAACUCCAGCGGAGGAGAGUCAAUCCAAGCCUGGGAACCGCGGCAAAAGAGACAGUCAGAUUAUCUUGAUGUCUUUCCUACAGAAAGUCAUGUUUGAUGAGAGAAUGACCGAGUUGGAAUUUGAAAUGUUCAAUGGCCUCUGGAAUGUUACGGGGAUCCCUCCUGAUUUCUAUGAGGUUGUACUCAUGGUUGAUGCCGAUACCAAGGUCUUUCCAGAUAGUUUGACCCAUAUGAUCUCGGCGAUGGUUAAAGAUCCCGACGUGAUGGGCUUGUGCGGUGAGACUAAGAUUGCUAACAAGACCGAUAGUUGGGUGACUAUGAUUCAGGUAUUUGAGUAUUUCAUUUCACAUCACCAGGCCAAGUCAUUCGAGUCCGUCUUUGGUGGUGUGACUUGUCUCCCCGGGUGUUUCUCAAUGUAUCGGAUAAAAGCGCCGAAAGGAGGACAAAACUACUGGGUGCCCAUUCUCGCGAAUCCCGAUGUUGUCGAACACUACUCGGAGAAUGUUGUGGAUACUCUUCACAAGAAAAACUUGCUCCUACUUGGCGAGGAUCGAUACCUGUCAACUCUGAUGCUCCGGACCUUCCCCAAGCGCAAGCAAAUUUUUGUGCCCCAGGCUGUUUGCAAGACUCAGGUACCGGAUAAAUUCAUGGUGCUCUUGUCCCAGCGGCGCCGUUGGAUCAAUAGUACUGUCCACAACCUGAUGGAGCUUGUCUUGGUUCGCGACCUGUGUGGGACGUUCUGCUUUAGUAUGCAGUUCGUUAUUUUCAUCGAACUGAUUGGCACACUUGUCCUUCCUGCCGCUAUUGCAUUCACCUUUUACGUUGUCAUUUCUUCCAUUGUCAGGAAACCAGUGCAAGUUAUUCCACUGGUCCUGCUUGCAUUGAUCCUCGGACUUCCAGGCGUGCUGAUUGUCGUGACUGCCCACCGGUUGGUGUAUGUGUUGUGGAUGUUGAUCUACUUGAUCUCACUACCUAUAUGGAAUUUUGUUCUUCCUACCUAUUCCUUCUGGAAAUUUGACGACUUCAGCUGGGGUGACACGCGCAAGACAGCAGGCGAGAAGGAUAAGGGUCACGAAGCUGGAGAGGGGGAGUUCGACAGCAGCAAGAUAACCAUGAAGCGAUGGAGAGACUUCGAGAAAGAUCGUCGUCUGAGGAUGCAGGGGGGAUGGGGACAGUCUAUGGGCGGAGGAUAUCCGGCGCACUACGAACCGUAUUCGGAUUACUAG